CUUCUUUACAUAUCUUUCAAGUUUCAAGCUUAGAAAAGUUGUCCAAUUUGCAUCCAUGCGAGCUUUGAACAUAGCCAUGGGAGCCCUUCUCCUCUUUCUCCUUUCCGUUGCAAUUUCGGUAUUCUGGCUCUUACCAUUAAAGGUGAAGCUUAGGCUAAAAAGAAAUGGCCUCAGAGGUCCUCCUCCUUUGUUCCCUCUAGGAAACUUGCUUGAAAUAAGCAAGAGACUAAAAGAAACUUCUGCUUCUUCUUUAAACUCCGUAACACAUGACAUCCACUCAAUAGUGUUUCCUUACUUUGCUUUGUGGAGAAAAACUUAUGGUAAAGUGUUCAUAUAUUGGCUAGGGACUGAACCAUUCUUGUAUGUCGCGGACCCGGAGUUCCUCAAGCAAGUGACUUCCGGGUGUUUGGGCAACAAAUGGGGAAAACCAAACGUUUUCAAGAGAGAUAGGAAACCAAUGUUCGGAAAUGGAUUGCUCAUGGUUGAAGGAGAAGGUUGGUCUCAUCAUAGAAAUGUCAUUGCACCGGCGUUUUCCAUGACUAAUCUGAAUGCUAUGAUAAACAUGAUGAUGGAAACAACUUCAAAGAUGCUACAACAAUGGGAUCAUAGUAUCUCCAUGGGCAAAAAUGAGAUUGAUAUUGAGAGGGAUAUCACUAUAAAUGCAGCCAAGAUCAUAGCCAAUGUAACUUUUGGCAUAAGCAAUGAAGAAGGAAGGAAUGUUUUUCAGAAAUUGCAAGCAUUGCAAGCAAUUCUCUUCAAGUCCAACCCACUCAUAGGAGUUCCCUUUUGCAAGUUCCUCAAUCCAAAGAGGACCAAGGAGGCGAAGAAGCUAGGAGGUGAAAUAGACCAUCUCCUACUGAAAAUCAUUGAAUCAAGAACUAGAGAGGAAGAUGAUGCCAAUGUUAACACCCACAAUGAUCUCCUUGGCUUAUUGCUUGCUAGCAAUCAAGAGAGUGCUAAGGUAGAGAGGAAGCUCACUAGUAGGGAGCUUGUCGAUGAGUGCAAGACCUUCUUUUUUGGUGGCCAUGAAACAACUUCACUUGCCCUAACUUGGAGCUUGUUCUUGUUAGCUCAAUAUCCACAAUGGCAGAAGGCAUUGAGGGAGGAGAUCAUGGAGGUUUCAAAAGGAGAACCCCUAGAUUCCACAAUGCUACCCAAGCUAACAAAGAUGGAAUGGAUAUUUAACGAGGUUAUAAGACUGUACUCUCCGGCACCUAAUUCUCAAAGACAGGCUAGAGAAGACAUUACAGUCGGAAAUAUUCAUAUCCCAAAAGGAACAAAUAUGUGGGUCGACGUCGUGGGAAUGCACCAUGACCGAUCUCUCUGGGGUGACGACGUGAAUGAGUUUAGACCCGAGAGGUUUGAAGGGAAUCUACACGGAGGAUGCAAGCACAGAAUGGGGUUUCUGCCCUUCGGAUUUGGAGGCAGGAUUUGCAUCGGGAGGAACCUCACCAUAACGGAGUAUAAGAUCGUAUUGAGCCAUAUUUUAUGUAAGUUCUCUAUGGCUGUGUCUCCGGCAUACACACAUUCUCCUCGGAUUAUGCUUAGUUUGAGGCCUUCUCAUGGUGUGCAAUUGAUCCUUGGACGAAUAGAAGAAUCAAAUUAAAUGCAAUUAAUCUCCUUGCUAUUGGAAUAGGAUGAUAAUAAAUGUUCUAAUAUUUAGAGACAAAGCUACAAUGUUGG